AGACUCGGAGCAGCGGGCGGCAGGCGCGGCCCCAGCACCGGCAGCAGCGCCGGGCGCCAUGGGGUGUUAGCCGCGCAGCUGGUGCCCUCGCUCUGCCGCCGGAAGGAGCCGCCGCCGCCGCGUGCCGCCCGCUCCGCUCCUCCGCCCGCUCCUCUGCCGCCCGGAGCCCAUGAGCCUGAACGAGCACUCGAUGCAGGCGCUGUCCUGGCGGAAGCUCUACCUGAGCCGCGCCAAGCUGAAGGCUUCCAGCCGCACCUCCGCGCUGCUCUCCGGCUUCGCCAUGGUGGCCAUGGUAGAGGUUCAGCUUGAUUCAGAGCACGACUACCCACGAGGUCUCUUGAUAGCCUUCAGUGCCUGUACUACUGUCCUUGUUGCAGUUCACCUUUUUGCUCUCAUGAUAAGUACCUGCAUUCUUCCAAAUAUAGAGGCCGUUAGCAACGUGCAUAAUCUCAACUCUGUAAAGGAAUCUCCUCAUGAGCGUAUGCAUCGGCACAUUGAGCUUGCCUGGGCAUUUUCUACUGUCAUUGGGACUUUGCUCUUUCUUGCAGAGGUGGUAUUGCUGUGCUGGGUGAAGUUUCUUCCCCUGAAGAAGAACCCCGUUGACCCAGCUCAGAGCAGCAAUUCUAGCAUCACGUCAGGACAGGCAGCAGCCAUUGCAUCGACGUCAAUCAUGGUUCCCUUUGGACUGAUCUUCAUUGUCUUUGCAGUCCACUUCUACAGGUCGCUGGUGAGCCAUAAAACAGAUAGGCAAUUUCAGGAACUGAAUGAACUUGCUGAAUUUGCACGGCUCCAGGAUCAGCUGGAUCACAGAGGUGAUGCCAUCUCCCCAGCUGUUACCCAUUUUGCAUAAACCUGUACUUAAAGCAAAUAAACCCACCGUUCUGCUCCUGCCUUAUGUUGACUCUCCUGUGCAUGAACUGUUCAAACUGUUGAUUUUAUUUUCAAUGGAAGCUUAUAAAUGUUUGGAAAAAAAAAAAAAAAGUUCUCAUCAUGCCAUGGCUAGCUGGCACCAGAAGGAAUGGAUGGCUGGGUAUGUGUGUGCCGCACACGCAUCCCUCUUGUGAGCACUCUGGUUUGCUUCUUGUUCGCGCUGAAUGGUGGCUGCACAAACGUAAGGAGAGUAAUGCUGUAAAUCUGGGUGUUAGGAAUGGACAGAGAAGCUUUUCCUCUUUAUUUAAUGUUGGCAUUUACUAGAAGAUACUGCUUGUCUAGUCCAUGUUGCAUGGCAUGAUACAAAUUACUUGGGAUAUGCAGCAAUUAGCACUUGGUUUCGGUGCUAGCGCUGUUCUCGCUCUCAGCCUGACAGAUGGUAGAAGGGAAAGCUCUCCCACCACUUUCCCCAGUGUGUUUUGCUGCCAAGUAAUUAUUACGUCAGUGACUUCUCCUGCACCCUUUCCCGUGGCAGUUACGCGUUGUAUAACUCACUGAACACCCAGGACUAGUUCUGCUGCGAUGUGGGGUGGCCACAGGAGUAGGAAUGAGACUACUAUGCUCUUCUUUGGAAGAAAAUAAAAGCAAUAACUGUUUUAAAGUUCUUACAAGCUGGCACGUAUUAUCUGGAGAGAUAGAACUGCCUCUUUUCCAUUUAGGAAUCUUUUUUUAAAAAGAAGGAACUAAAUGGAAAUUAUCACUGGAUAUUUUUUUUUGCUUGAAAAUCAGAACCACUGCUGUUUUUUCCAAGUCAAAGUAGCAAUUAUUUUAUACUUUUAUAUUAAAAAAUAUUUUUAAUAAAUCCUCAGAUACAAGCAGCAAAAGGUGCUUUCUCUGCAUUCAGUUCCCAAGUAAUUAGCUAUGCCUUGGUCUUCUUUGUUUAGAAAGUCUUCUGCUUGCUGAAGUGUUGUCUGUAAUAACUUCUUAGACAUCUUUUGCUUCCAGAGGAUCUGGAAGGCUACUUUUAUCUCUGUAUAUUUAUUUAUGAAAGAUUAUUUGUAACUAAUAUUGCUGCUUACUUUCAGAGAUGCAUCUAUGCUAGUGAGGCUGUGGUGGCAUUUUUUUGUUUCUUCCUUAAGCGAGAACUUCCCUUGGGCCUCUUAGGUAAGAGGUUUGGCCAAGAAAGAUGCAGCAGUAGUGCUGGGCUGCUGCAGUAAUUCCAGCUGUGUCUGUAAGUGGAUUUUCUUUGGAAUGCAGUUGUUGUGCAGAGAAACUUUGGUUUGUAAUGGGUAAAAGCCAUUUUUGAACACAAACUGAGAUGGGUUUCAAAUCUAAUGGAACAAACCUUUACCUCCUACUGUAGCUAUCACUGUGGUAUUGUUACCACUGUAACAAACUGUGGUAUUUUUUUUUUUCUUUUAAUCAGACUGGUGAAUAUGACAGCACAGGGAACUGUACCUGAGUGAGCCUAGGCUGACUGUGAUCUCUUACACCCAGCCUCCAUCUCAGGUUAUCCUGAUGUAUUUUCAGUCUGUGGGAUGUGGAAGGUGUUGGCAGUGCUACCCGUGGUGCAUCUGUGUUCUGAAAAACAGCCAUUAACAAAGGACCUGGUGUUUUUUCAGCAGGUUUCUUGGAGUAUCCUCUGCCCACUGGCAGAAACCAGUUUCCCACAUGCCAACUUCCUGAGGCCUCCUGGUGUACAGAGCCUGGCAGGAUUUUCUCUAGCUCUGCCAUUACGGUGUGUUUCAGGUAUAGGUAUUCUUGUACUGGUGUCAAUGUGUUCCUGGUGAGAACUGUGGCUACGAUUCCUCACACAUUUGUUCAUGGAGCACGGUAAAGAUUACGAUAGUAAAGGCAGUGAGGAAAACAGCAUUCCAAACCUCAGUAACUUUAAGGCAGACACAAUGUGUAUUUUCCCAUCUUUCAGAGGAAUACCAGUCCCAUCUUAGGAGAGGAGAUUCUUAAAAGCAUCAGUAAAGGAAGCAGAUUUGGCUUGAUAUACAUUCUGGAAUAAAUGGUCCAAAGGGUGCUGCAGGGCUGAAAAAUUAUGCAUCUGUCUGUAAAUGAUGUAUUUAAAACUCUUAACAUUAUUUUGAAUGUAAGUCCAGAAAAUAUAUUAUCUGAGCUUAUUUUGUAAAGUUAUUUGCUGUUCUUGAUAAGUUUCUGGAUUUCUUUUUAUCUCGUGGAUCUUUUACAAAAUGAAAUGAAAGUGUUUUGUUAAGGAAAUAUAAAAUUACAAGCUUAUUUUUUAACUUUCUCAAGCCAGUAGGUCCUAACCUGUCGGAGCUGUUAGCUCCAGCCAUUUUACUGACUAUUUGCUGCACUUUAAUCUCUGAUAUCAAGUGUGUUUCUCUCAUUUUCCAGCUGUGGAAAUGGUCGUGAAAGUUGUACCUGGGCCAUGGUCUCAUAACUGUGUGCCAGAGGCAGUAACCAGGCCCCAUCGUGUGGCUCUAGAUGUUAAGAGUGCACUUGAGUUUGGUUUUUAUUCUUUAUUUAUACUAAUGGUAUUUCAUGUUUACCUCAAGCAUUUUAAAUGUCAGUUAUUGUAUAUCAAUUAUUUAGAUAUAAAAUAACUUCAGAUAAUGAAAUAAAAUAUACUCAGUUGUUGCUGAUUGUUA